GAGAAGACUUUGGAAAGAAAAAAAUCAAGAGAAGGUGAGAAGGCAAAAACUGAGAUUGCAAAGGAAAAAGAGAUAAGGUAUUACUAUUUGUUCUUUAUAUAAAUUAUUUGUUCAUUAUUAAAAAAAUUCAUAUUUGUAUUAAUAUAUGGUCACAUUAACUAGGCCACAAAGGGAAAUCCCAAAUGUUCCUCUUGCUUUCCGAUCUCCAUACAUGGUCAAGUACAAGGAUUUGUUCAAAGAUGAAGACACAAUGAACAAACUUGUAACAGACUAUGCUUAUAGUGGAAAAGAUCAAAGUGAGCUACUAUACUAUGAUGGAGUGAAUUCGAUCAAUAGGGAAGAGAUGAAAACUCUUGAAGGGGAUACAUUAGUAGUUAACAAUGUGAUCGAUUCAUGGGCAGUACUCCUGAAUCAAAAAAGGUCAAAGAACAAGUUAUACUUUUCAACAUUUCCACAUGUAAGUCUUUAUUGA